AGCUGAUCUCCAGCCUCAGCUGACAAUGUAGUGAUCAGUGACCUUUGGAAGGUCCAGAACUUCAGGACCGUGAUGCGCUGGAUUCUGGCAAGCCUCGUGCUGUCACUGGCACAAGGCCUUUUGGACUCAACACAGGGGCAGCUGAAUCGACACUGGCACCACUUCAAUCGCUUGGAUAUCGAGCGGCGACAGGCCUUGCGUCGUAUGUUACGCGGCACCACCGGCUCUCCAGACGAGGAGAAGUUGAUAAGCGUGGACGGCGUCUAUGACAGCCUUCAAGAUCAGCGUAGCCACGAGCGGGACUCAAUGAUGGCCUCCUUGAGUUCUCAAGGCGCACGCGCAGAAGUGGAAGAUGCGCCCCUCAUCCACGCUGCCCAGCGGCACCACGACCUAGCUUUGCUCACCAACCCCACGCACUACAUCUUGAAUGCUGGCAAAGAUGGGCUGCCCAUCUCAGACGGGAAGCGGCCCAGCUGGCUGUUGAAGGAGGAUGAGCUAAUUCUCGAUGCAAGGAAGGUGGCACAUGGAGGCAUACUCAUCGCGCAGCCGGUGCUGAUGGAUGCCACCGGCAGCUGGGGUCAAAACAAAGCCUCCAGACCCCUAUGCAAGUUUUUUGGUGGCUCCGGGCCAUCCUCGCCACCAACCGACACCAUGCCAGGUUGCAUGGACAUUGCAUCAUUCUACGCUGGCAGCCAACUCAGCCCCAGCUUACAAAGUGGCAGAAGAGGCGGUGCGGCAAGACGGAUGAGAAGAGCUGCACCCGACAGAACGAGCGUGAAAACUUUAACUGGGAGAAGCACUUGAUGCUCUAUGAGUACUUGAUGAGCCCGCAGAACUUCACCCACGUGCUCAUGUUGGAUGCGGAUGCUGCAUUGGUGAAGCACAGCGUGGACAUUCUGGGUGGCAUCGCAGCGCAAAUGGCGCAGCGGAAUUUGGAUGUGUUUCUGACCAGCGAGGAUUGGCUCCUCAAUGGCGAGCGUCGGAUCAAUGGUGGCUUCUUGAUGACCAGGAAUUCAGAGUGGUCGGAGCAUUUGUUCAAGGACACCUUCCGCGCCCACGUGGUGGGUCCAGGAGGCCUCCGAAGAUGGAAAAUCGGAUUGCCGCACCAAGAAUGCAGCAGCAAUGAGCAGAUUUGCUUGAAUGACAUCAUGAGUGGUUCAAGUUUGAACAAAAAGCUGGUCAAAGGGCACAUGUCUUUGGAAAGUGGCAUCAUUUACAACCGUGGUGGUUGCACAGUGAAGCACUGUGGCGAGCCCACCACUGAUCCAAAGAUGGAGGCGCUGGGAAUGAAAGACGAGCGUUUGCAGGUGCUGCACUUCACAGGGAGCUCGAAAUAUUUGGCGCCCCAGGUGCUGUGUGAUGAUGGUGAGGACUACACAGGGGAUGGUCCCAAAGGCUAUGGCUGCCACAAGUGAGAAAAAGAGGACGAAACGCAGGGCCUUUUGGAGGGUGUCGUUUGGUUCAUUCUGUGCCGUCCCCGGGUUGAGAGAGGGUGCCAUGGUCCCAUAUGAUACCAUGCUUUUCAAGAUGUUUCUCGUGAGCUGAGGAU